UCACUGGUGUUGAAGCAUUGUAUGCUGAUUUAGGACAUUUCUCAAGAAAAUCAAUACAACUAUCAUUUCCAAUUUUCGUUUAUCUACCAUUAAUACUGGCUUAUUCAGGUCAAGCUGGAAGAUUAAUAUUAGAACCUGGGCUUAUCAAUGGUCCUUUGUUUUGGUUGACUAUACCACAAAAUCCAAUAAUAUACUGGAUCGUAUUUGUACUGGCAACUUUGGCAACUAUUAUCGCAUCUCAAGCAAUGAUUACUGCUACCUUUUCUUUAAUUCAUCAAGCAAUGCAAUUGGAUUGUUUUCCAAGAGUUAAGGUUAUUCAUACAUCAAAAACUAUUCGCGGACAAAUUUAUAUUCCAGAGAUAAAUUAUAUUUUGAUGGUUGCAACGGUUUUGAUUUGUAUUGCAUUUCAAAAAUCAGCAAAUCUUACAAAUGCAUACGGAGUCGCAGUAAUUACAGUUAUAUUUAUAUCAACAAUAUUGAUUUCCAUUGUGAUUCGUGUAGUCUGGAAUUUACCAUUAAUUGUCAGUAUAAUAUUCUUAUUAACAUUUGGUCUAAUUGAUGUUUCAUUUAUGGGUGCCACAUUUCUCAAGGUACAAGAUGGUGGAUGGUUUACAUUGACUUUUGGAUUUGUAUUAUUUAUGGUGAUGCAUAUUUGGAGAUGGGGCACAAAUCUUCAAUUGACAUAUGUGAUGAAAAAUAAAGCUAGUCUUGAAAAUAUAUUUAUGACAGAAGAUGAUUAUGAACGUGAAGAAGGGAAGAAGAGUGAUGGUGGUGAUGGUAGUGCUGUGGAUGAAGAUAUCGCUAUAGAUUCUUCUACAUCAUCUGUAAGAAAAAGAAAAAAUAAUAAUUUAUUAAGACUUAAAACUAAUCAAUAUCCAGUUAUAAGAUUACCUGGCAUCGGUUUAUUUUAUAAUGAAGUCACAAGUGGAAUCCCGAUCACCUUUAAUCAUUUUAUAAAUCAUCUACCUUCUUUACCGGAAAUUAUAAUAUUUAUAACGGUUAGACCUUUGGCAAUACCAUAUGUUGGUGAGAAAGAUAGAUUGGUGGUGCGAAGGAUUCGUAAACAUAAAGGAUUCUACAAAAUUAUUGCAAGAUAUGCUUUAUUAGAAUGUUACGUGUUUCUAAUAAAUAAUUCGAGACAAUUAUAUGGUAAUUGGAAUAUACCAAUAGAGGAUGUUAUUGAUGUUGGCAUGAAAAUCGCU